GAAGGGGUUGCAACGAUGCUCCGGCGACCAGAGCGUGGAGCUGUGCAGGCCCGGACCCUGGCGCCCUAUUCCCACUCCAGGAGGCUUCCUCGGUCCCAAACUCCUUUGGCUCAGUUGCUUAUAUUCCCGUGUGUCCGUCCUCUAUCUCCAUAGUUCUCCGUCCUCCACCUGGCACAGGCCAGCCUUGAGAGAGCAUCUGAGUCGCCACUUGCUAGAUCUACGGUGACGCGAGAAGCGUUUUCAGGUGAGUGCGCACGAAUGGCAACGCGGCGUGGCCCUCGCGGCGGCCCGUAGGCUCCGGCUUUUCUCUUCCGGGCCACCCUGCACGGGGAUCUCCGUUCAGCAGUCUUGCCUAAGUGCUGUCUCUUCGCGAAGAACCUCUAGGCCUUUGGAAGCUCGGUACCGGAAGAAAUCGCUAGUGUUCCCACGAACCUCCUCUCGGAAACCUCGGGCGUCGCGACAGGAAGCCACAUCACAAAAGACAGCAUGCGCCUUACAGUCCUGAAAAAAAGGCACAAGUGCUCCCAUGAUGCUUAGAAGCAUUCUGUAAGUCGGAAGCCACAGGAAGUACAGGAAAAGUCUGGAAAGAACGAAUGGAUUCAUAAACAGGAGACCUUAUGAAGGUUAAAAAUUAUAUGCUAGAAGCGGCAUAUAAUUGAGAUCUGAGGUGAAAACAGGAGCUGUCUACAAAAGCUGUCUCACACCUUCUGCAUUGACCUGAGGAAGAGGAAGCUGAGGCGGUGGAGGGAAGCAGCUCAGCCUGGGUUUGUCAGGGAAUCAUGCAGCCGUCAGGACACAGGCUCCGGGACAUCGAGCAUCAUCCUCUCCUGACCGACAAUGACAAUUAUGAUUCUGCAUCCUCCUCGUCCUCCGAGGCUGACAUGGUAGACAGGGUGUGGUUCAUCCGUGAUGGCUGUGGCAUGGUCUGUGCUGUUAUGACAUGGCUUCUCGUCAUCUAUGCAGACUUCGUAGUGACCUUCGUCAUGCUGCUGCCUUCCAAAGACUUCUGGUACUCCGUGGUGAAUGGAGUCAUCUUCAACUGCUUGGCGGUGCUCGCACUGUCAUCCCACCUAAGAACCAUGCUCACUGACCCGGGGGCUGUCCCCAAAGGCAAUGCCACAAAGGAAUACAUGGAGAGUUUGCAGCUGAAGCCUGGCGAGGUGAUCUACAAGUGCCCCAAGUGCUGCUGCAUCAAGCCAGAGCGUGCCCACCACUGCAGAAAGCAAGGUCCUGAAUGGUGCGCUCUCCUUUGCAGUAUUUGCAAGAGAUGUAUUCGGAAGAUGGACCAUCACUGCCCAUGGGUGAACAACUGCGUAGGAGAAAAGAAUCAGAGAUUCUUUGUGCUCUUCACUAUGUACAUAGCUCUGUCUUCAGUCCAUGCUCUGAUUCUCUGUGGGCUUCAGUUCAUCUCCUGUGUCCGAGGGCAGUGGACAGAGUGCAGUGACUUCUCACCUCCCAUAACUGUAAUCCUGUUGGUCUUCCUGUGCCUUGAGGGCCUCCUGUUCUUCACGUUCACUGCAGUCAUGUUUGGCACCCAGAUCCACUCAAUAUGCAAUGAUGAAACAGAGAUCGAGAGGCUGAAGAGCGAGAAGCCUACAUGGGAGCGAAGGCUGCGGUGGGAAGGGAUGAAGUCUGUCUUCGGGGGCCCCCCCUCCCUCCUCUGGAUGAACCCCUUUGUUGGCUUCCGAUUCAGGCGACUGCAAAUGAGGGCUAGGAAAGGGAGCCCUGAGUUCUCUGUAUGAGCCUUCAGGGCAGGAAUGUCUGCAGACAUUUGAUGCUCACUGGCCUGCAAGCACAACAGCCUUGUGGGUAGAUGGAGCUGGCCAGCUGACGGGGCCAUGAGCAGCUUCAUGGACUUAGGGCCACAGGCACUUGUCAGUUUUUGUGUGUACUGCCAGAAGAAGCAUGCAGCCCCAGGAGGCCAUCUUACCACCAUCCUGACACUUGGGAUGUCAUGUGGGUUGUGAGCAUCCCACAGGAGGAGCUGCUUCUCAAUCAUGAAGAAAGCCAGCAUAGCCACUGCUAGGAGUCCGGCUGGCCCAUCCCCAGCACACUCCCUUACUAGAAGGGGUUCCACAGAGACUGUGGCUUGGAGGGCUCCAACACCUAGCACUGAACAGUGAAGAUGGCUUCCAGAACACUCCUUGCUGUCCCAGAAUGGGCAUCCUUUGACCCUUCCAGCAAGUCUGUAUGUGCUCAUCUGUGUGUCUCUCUGUGUGUGUGUGUGUGUGUGUGUAUAUGUGUGUGCGCGUGUGCAUGUGUCAGAAUCGGCAGUGUUGUUCAGGCACUCGUGUGGUAGACAAGCUGUCUUUCAGACUCCAGUGUUUCAGGGAAGUGGGACGCACUGCUGGCCCUUGCUGGCCUUCUAUGAAUGUAUCAUACAGUGUCCAGAUCCAAAGAACAGGCAUGCCUGGCAUGGGCCCACCCUCCUGCUUUUAUUUCACUGAAAGUGUAGUGUUCGAGGGCAGUGAGCUGAGGUUUUGUUGUUCCAGCCAAACUAACAGCAUGCAACAGUCCCUCAACAAGGAAGGUGGUGCCCUGUGCUGAGGCCCAGCACUGUAGGGGAGGGGGCCAUGGGGAGCUCAGCAUGAGAGAAGCAAGCUGCCUUGGGCCCGUUUGGGCAGGUGCUGCAGGGGUGACAGCCUGGUGCCUGAGCUGUCAGAGCACUGACAUGACGACUUUAUUUCUGUACCCAUGGCACUGCAGUCAGAGUGGACCCUUGGUGCGGGCUUAGAAUUACGUCAGUACACACACAGCUCCCCUCAGGGGACUUGCCUUAAACUUCUAGGUUGUUCCUUUGCUGCUGAGUGAGAGUGGUCUGACAGAGACUGGGGACUUCCUGUGAGUCCACUCCUGUGCAGAGACACAGUGUUUCCCUGUUGGGACCAGCUGCCUUUCUGUCCCUGUGACACCAUGACUGUUUUCGGUGUCAGUCGCUUUUGCCCUGCCCUCAUCUGGGCUCCUAUGCUACUGAGGUGAACCCCAGGGACCUGUGAGCCUAGCCCUAACGCAGUGAGCAAACUGUGGGGCCCGAGUCACUGCAGAGGGACAGCGUGACCUCAGAUUGUCUCUGCAUUCAUUUGCACAUGUGUCUGAGCAUGCAGGCUCUGGUGGUGUCACCCUCCAGUGUGGAGUCUGUGGCGGUGAAUCCAAGCUGAGUAUACUUGACUUUUCAAUUCCUCAGUGUGAUUUUAUAUGAAAUAAAGUAAACCGUCCACAGUUCUUACCCUCCUGCAGCCCUCUUCUUCCUGGGUGGCCCACCUUGCUUUUCUCCAGAACCUCCUGCUGUGUGCCUGUGGUGGGAUGUGGGCAUCCAGCACAACUCCCAGAGUAACCUGUGUAGCUGUUGCCUGGCUAGGAUUUUACUGAGACCCCUUAACUUUCUUCUAAAUAGCCUUGGGGAUUUUUUUUUUAAGUGUAUUUUAAAAUAAAAACUAGAGCUGAGCAUAGAAGCUGGUAUUUAUAAUGUCAGCCCCCAGGAAGCUAGGGCAGGAAGAUUGAUUGACAGCAGUUGAGGCCAGUCUGCCUACAGAGUCUAACCCAAACAUUCAAACAAAUACUAUUAAAAACCUUUCUGAG